AUGCUCGAGUGUUACGAUUUCGUUUCAGUUGGAGGAGGCUCUUCCGGAGCCGUGAUUGCGAACCGUCUUUCGGAAGAUCAGUCGGCGAGUGUUCUUCUCAUCGAAGCCGGCGGAAUCGAGAACGAAGUUUCCGAUAUCCCGCUGAUUGCGGCAACGAUGCAAUUGUCACCUCUGGAUUGGCAAUACGUAACGGAGCCUCAGGAUGCGGCUUGUUUUGGCAUGAGCGACCGGCGGAGCCUAUGGCCUCGGGGGAAGGUCCUCGGCGGCUCCAGCGUUCUCAAUUACAUGCUCUACGUAAGGGCGAGUCCUCACGAUUAUGACGAAUGGGAACGUCUUGGGAACUAUGGAUGGAGCUGGAAAGAUGUUUUCCCUUACUUCUUGAAAUCCGAAGACAACCGAGACCCCGUUUUCCUCAAAAACGGUUACCACGCCACCGGCGGAUACAUGACCAUCUCAACGCCACCCUACUCUACACCGCUGGGUCGAGCAUUCAUAAAAGCCGGUAUUCAGAUGGGUUAUCCGAACGUCGACGUCAAUGGACCGACGAUGUCAGGUUUCAUGAUACCGCAAGGGACGACGAGACGAGGAGCCAGAUGCAGCACGAGCAAAGCUUUCGUGAAGCCGGUCCGACAUCGGAAAAAUCUACACAUAACCCUUUACUCACUUGCCACGAAGAUUCAUUUCGAUCAUCACAAACGAGCCCGAGCCGUGCAAUUCGAACGAUUCAAGGUGCCACACAUCGCGUACGCUCGCAGAGAAAUCAUUCUCUCGGCAGGUGCCAUCAACACUCCUCAGUUGUUGAUGCUGUCGGGCGUGGGACCUGCACAUCAUCUAUCGCAUCUAGGGAUCAAGGUCAUUUCGGAUCUCCCGGUGGGCCAGAAUCUACAAGAUCAUAUUUACACCGGAGCAUUGAAUUUCCAAGUUUCUCCGGAGUCUUCGGUAACGCACGAACGAGCUUUCACGCUCAAAAACGUGAUGUCGUUCUUGACAGCCGGCAAAGGACCCCUGUCCCUGCUCGGCGGCGUCGAGGGUAUCGCGUUCAUCAACACGAAAUUCGCGAACAGAACAAUUGACCAUCCCGACAUCGAAAUUCACUACCUGACCGGAGCUCCCACCGCUGACGGUGGCCAAGUAUUCCGGAGGACACAAGGUUUCGCAGACGAGUUAUGGGAACGUUUCUACAUUCCUCACCUCUACAAAGAUGGAAUGUCGAUUUUCCCUGUGCUGCUGCGACCGAAAUCUCGGGGUUUCGUGAAGCUGCGCACAGUUUCACCCUACGAUCCACCGGUAAUCGACCCGAAAUAUCUCACUCAUCCUCAUGACGUGAGAACGCUUGUUGAAGGAAUGAAGUUCUGCAUCUCAGUCUCUCAAACGCCGGCCUUCAAAGCGUUCCACUCAAAGUUAUGGCCCGAGCCGAUCCCAGGCUGCGAACACUACAAGGCGUGGUCGGACGAGUACCUGGCCUGUUCGGCACGAACGAUCACCAACACCAUCUACCAUCCAGUCGGUACUUGCAAAAUGGGCUCGAAGUGGGACCCCACCGCCGUAGUAGAUCCUGAAUUGAGGGUCAAAGGUGUGGCGGGGCUUCGCGUGGCAGACGCGUCAAUUAUGCCCAACAUCGUUUCCGGCAACACCAACGCGCCAUGCAUGAUGAUCGGCGAGAAAAUCUCGGACAUGAUCAAGAAAACGUGGGGAACGGGACCCCUACACAAUGGACGCCAAUGGGGUCGGUGA